AUGGCUUCUCACAGCUUCAAUCGAGCUUUGCGUAGCUCUAUCACGCGUCAAUUGGCUCCCAAACCAGCGCACCGAACUUUUCUUUCCCUCUCAGCUGCUAGGCCUAGUGUCGUUCCAGCUUCAAGGUCACUUGUCGGCGCCUCCGUACAGCAAAAACGUGGUUUGAAGCAGAUUGAUUUUGCAGGAACAAAAGAAACAGUCUACGAACGAGAGGACUGGCCCAGGGAAAAGCUUCUGGAGUACUUCAAGAAUGAUACAUUAGCUCUCAUCGGUUACGGUUCUCAAGGGCAUGGGCAAGGUCUCAACCUGCGCGACAACGGCAUAAAUGUUAUAAUUGGUGUCCGUAAGAAUGGAGCAUCAUGGAAAGAAGCUCAACAAGAUGGUUGGAUACCUGGGACCAAUCUGUUCGACGUCGAUGAAGCAAUCUCCAAAGGCACGAUCGUCAUGAACCUUCUUAGUGACGCCGCUCAAAGUGAGACGUGGCCAGCGAUCAAGCCACAACUAAUUAAAGGCAAAACUCUCUACUUCUCUCAUGGGUUUUCCCCUGUUUUCAAAGACCAGACCAAAGUCGAUCUUCCUACAGACAUCGAUGUCAUUCUUGUCGCGCCUAAAGGAUCAGGUCGGACAGUUCGCUCUCUCUUCCGUGAAGGACGUGGAAUCAAUUCAUCAUUUGCUGUCUACCAAGAUGUCACUGGCAAAGCGGAGGAAAAAGCUGUGGCACUUGGAGUGGCUGUCGGCAGCGGCUACCUAUACAAAACGACAUUUGAGAAGGAAGUCUACUCAGAUCUCUAUGGCGAACGUGGUUGCUUGAUGGGUGGUAUUCAUGGCAUGUUCCUUGCCCAAUACGAAGUUCUCCGCGAACGCGGUCAUAGCCCCAGCGAAGCGUUCAAUGAGACCGUGGAAGAAGCUACACAGAGUCUGUACCCACUGAUUGGUGCAAACGGCAUGGACUGGAUGUACGCUGCAUGCUCUACAACCGCGAGGAGAGGUGCCCUCGAUUGGAGUCCUAAAUUCAAGAAGACUCUUAAGCCUCUUUUCAACGAGCUCUAUGACAGUGUCAAGGAUGGGAGUGAGACUCAGCGAUCUUUGGACUUCAACGGUGCACCGGACUACAGAGAGAAGUUGGAGGCUGAGUUGAAGAGCAUAAGGGAUUUGGAAAUCUGGAGGGCAGGAAAGGCUGUCAGGACACUCCGUCCAGAAAACCAGGUUUGA